ACACACAAGCGGGUACUCACAUCUGGACGAGCCUUAAUACGUCAAUGCGAAUAUUUAUCGUACGCGGAACGUUUCGUGCAAUUUCGCGACUAAACAUAAGAGUCCAAAAUUCUCGGACUUAAGAAGAAAAAAAGUAUACAUGAGUUGACGUGAGUGAGUGCCCCGUCAUCGCUGGAAAAUCCUUCGGACAUGAAGGAAGUGCACAGCUGAACUUUGAAACUUUGAACUGCGCUAUCAGCAGGUUUUAGCACGUUCUACGCCGAGUCAGCCGAGUGCCGCUAUCGCAAGAUCUUCGGAGAAACAGACGUGAAAUCCGAAAACGAUGGCACCAAGACGGAGUAACAAUAUCAAUAGUAAUCAGCUCAGGAAUUCUAGCUUUCCGUCCAGCAUGCCGGGAUCACACUCCUUUCAAACUGGAGCUGGAGCCAUUCCACCUCCGUUACCACCUCGCCAGCCAGUUCAAAGUUAUUUAGGAUAUAACGAUUAUAGACCAUAUGGUUCGAGUUAUGGCUAUGGCAAUUAUGGAUAUGGAGGUUACAGAGGUUACGGUGGAUAUGGAUCUUUUGGUAGUUACAUUCCCUAUUCUGGCAACAGCUAUGGACAAAUUGGAGGACAUAGUGGUGAUGUGGAAAAUAGAUUUCAACAGUAUGUAGAGGAGAGCACAAGAUCGACUUUUCGUGUAGUAGAGACCGUAUUACAUACAUUUUCGUCCAUCACAAUGUUACUGGAAUCAACAUAUUUUGCAUUGACAAAUUCCUUCCGUGCGAUUUUAAGCGUGGCAGAUAAUAUCGGUAGACUGCGGUCAACAAUCGGCCAGUUAUUAAGCACGUUUGCUUUAAUCCGCGCCAUGAAAUGGAUUUACAGAAGGAUUUUAUUUAUGCUUGGUCUUCAAACGCAAAAUGCUGUCGUCGAAGACUUGUGGCAGCAAUCAAUAUCACAACUAACAAACGGAGAACAGACACCAAUGACGACGACGACAACGAACGAAAGGAUUUCUCCUUGGAUGAAUAUUUUACUCCUCGGAGCGUUUGUCGCUAUUCCAUAUUUAAUUCAUAAGAUAACGAGUAACAUAAGGCAAAAUCAAAUAAAAGUUAAUGAUCCGAAAGAAUGGGUGAAAUGCGAGGAUCCAGUAUGUGUAGCAACAGCAAUGUACGAUUUCAUGGCAGUUUCUAAUGAGGAAUUGAGCCUGAGAACUGGUCAAAAAAUAUGGUUGGCGCCGCGCUCCCUGCAAUCUAAGAGCAUACCAGGUUGGUGGAUAGCCACCGAUAAUAGGAAUGUCGGUUUGGUACCUGCUAAUUAUAUAACUAUAGUCGGACAAUUGAAGAGAAAAUCAGAAUCGGAAAACAAUGGAAAUGUCAUUACAUCUACGGUAAUUCCAACUUCUAUGCAAAAUGCAACCGCUUCUGACGAACAGAUGAAUACGGUAGAACCUAACACUGGCCAACAAAAUGCUGACUUUUCUGAGAAUAAUAUUAAAGACGAUCUAUUUUAGUCGAAAUUUAUUGAAAGAUCUUGAUUUAAAUCAUUCAAAUAGUGACAUUUAAAUCGUUCACAAAGUGACAUUGUCUACUUUAAAUGGCCUAUUAUAUCUUUAUAGGACAUGACUGAUAUAAAGUAAUAUUACAAAACACGCCAUAUUUACUAGGUAUCAAACAAAGCGCAGUGAAUCAUUUUCAAUAUGUGAUUAAAUUACGUUAGUCGAUUUACUUGACACUUAAUGAUUUAUUUCUAUUGGGGAAAA